AUGGAGAUGGACAUGGGCAUGGAGGGCAUGGGCCUGCAGCACAAGAAGCGACUGGCACAGGACCAUAUCGACUCUCUUCGGUCCGCCUUGCAGCGAUUGUCCACAACCUUUCUUCCUCCGGACGCCCCCACCGAUUCGCCCACACUGCACGCAUACGGGGCUGUGAAUGUGGAGAAGACGCGGCGAGAGGUCGACAAGAGCGUGGGCGAGCUGUGCAACAUCUUGGAGUCCUACAAGGCCCUCUCGGCCGCCCGCCAGGAGAAGCUCCUGCCCCGCUACCUCAGCCUUUUGCGCGAUCGAGCACAGCUGAGCGCGCAGGUGGAGCAGUUCAAAAAGUCGCUCGGGCAUUCGCUGCGCAUGGCGGAGAACCACCUGGCCAAGCGAGGCUCCAAGCUCACGGGCGAGGGCGAGGGCGGCCGCCAGCAGCUCUUCGUGAGGAACCUCCAGAGCGUCGCCGAAGCCCACGGCCUCCAGCUCUACGCCUUCGAUCCGUCGGAGAUGGGGAUGGAGGUGGCCACGAAGACCCUGUCGGCCUCCAUAUCCGGACAACACUUCCUUGUCGACGUGCACGUCACGUUGCAGGGACACGUCGACAAGGUCAACGUCACCUUCACCAGCACGGCCGGAGAUCCGUCGGGGGAAGGGGAGCAGCCGCAAUUCUCACGUCCGGAGGUCGACGAGGAGAUCACCAAACUGCUCCGGGAGGGCGACCUGAAGCGGUUCGACGAGGUGGUGCGCCUCCUGAACGAGCUCGACGUCAUCUACACGGAGAACCCCACCACAGACCUCAAGCAGGCCCUCUGGAUCCUCGAAGACGACCUCUUCGAGCUCCAUCGAAGAGAACGAGAGAUCACGGGCGGCGACGAUGGGGCGCUGCUGCGGGACCGACACGGCGCCCCCAUGUGGCAGCCCGAGGGGCUCUUCCUGCACUACCACGCCUCCCCGCGGCACCUCCUGCUCGACAAACUCUCCGGGAAACGCCUGGCGCACACGCACGGAGCGCUGGUGACGCUGCGGGAGGGCCGCACGCUGGUCAAGCUGCCCAUGGCGUCGCACCUCCCCGGCCUCCCGCCCCUCGACGACCAGUCCCUCCCGCCCGGCCUCGCCAUCGAACCCAUCGAGAUUGCCCUCGACGGAGGCCGCAUUCACUUCGAUUUGCACCUGCGGCCGGCGGUGCCGAUUCUCACCGACACCCUCCGGCGCAUGCUGGACCUCGUGUGGGGACCUCACCCGCCCACCGACGGUGCACGCCACUCCAAAGACCAUCAGCCAUUUGUGUCCCUCCAGACGCUGCUCUGUCCCUCGGCGGGAGCUCGGUUCGAGCAUCACGGGGUGUCGUACGUGUACAGCGGGCAGGAGGAGCGAGGGACGGUGCACCUGCGGCAACAGCUGGUGUUCAACGAACUCUUCACGAGCUGCUUCUCCGACCAGCGAUCCGCAAACGCCGCCGGCAAGGGCGUGCCUGCCGCCCAUGGACCCGAGGCCGUGCCCCAA